AUGAAAAUUGGAAACCACAAUAUAAAUUACGCGAAAUUUGGAAACGGACCUCAUUGUAUCGUUUGUAUACCAGGCGGGUUAGGAACUAUAACCUCGCAUUACAAGGACCAAAUAGAUGGGUUUGAUAAAGAGAAAUUUACUAUAGUGUCGUUUGAUCCUUUCGGGUACGGAAAAAGCUACCCCCCGGAAAGAAUAUUUGGUAAAUCAAAUUAUGAACAGGACGCGGACACAGCUUAUGAACUUAUGAAGCGUUUAAACAUACCUAAAUAUUCAUGUUUGGGAUGGAGCGACGGAGGUGCGGCCAGUAUGAUACUUGCUGGAAAGUAUCCACAUGCAGUACAUAAAUUAGUUAUUUGUGGAACUAUGGCAUUUUUCCUUGAUGAAGAUAUUGUAAAUUUGAAAAAAAUUCAAAAUGUGGAGAGGUGGAGCGACAGCAUGAGGCAAAGAAUGAUUGAAACGUAUGGCGAAGAAAUGUUUGCUCAGUAUUCGAAAAAAUGGGUAGAAUGUAAGUCAAAAGUUUUAGAGGCUGAUCCAGAUGUAUGCUCAAGUUACUUGAAAAAUAUCUCGUGUCCCACAUUCAUAUUGUAUGGACAAAGAGACGUACUAGUGCACAAGUCACAUGCUACGUUUUUAUGUAAUAAUAUAAAGAAUACGAAGUCCUAUGCUUAUCCUAUGGGAAAACACGAUAUCCACAUCCAAUAUGCUGAAGAUUUCAACCAGAGAGUUCAAGAGUUUUUACUUGAAAAG